UCUUUGAGGGUUUUUGUGUGCAAGUAAGUCUAUUUAUGGUAGCACAAUGUUGCUGGUGUGGCCUCUUUGCUUGUUGUCCUUGCUGAGUAUCGUGAGUCGAUGCUUGCUGUUGACGGCGGGACAGGAAGUGUUACGUAGAGAGGACAUGGGAACACUGGUGACUGACCUCUUCCAAACUGUCCAGUGUCCAGAGCGCACCGGAGUGACCCAGAGCUUCUGUGAACAGUGUCUCACUCCAGAGCGGCUGCUGUCAGUACUGGAAGAUGAUGGGACAGAUGACCUCAGUGUGGAGGACUACCAUCGUGUGUCCACUGUCCUCCUCUAUUACAUCAUCAAUAUGAGACGCCUCUGCAGUCCCAGAGUCUCAUUCUCUUCCUCCUCUCCAGAUCUGUCUCUCAGUUACAAGCAGUGUCUGAGGGCUCUGACAACUCUUCAUCCACUGGAGGAUGAGCGGUACCUGUCAGUCAAUGAGACAGAUAGUAUACUGCAGCUUAUUAACCAGAACUACCAGCCACAUCGCAAUGCAGAACAAAUACCAGACUCAAAACACACACAGUGCAUUAAUGCAGCUCAUUUGAUGGACGAGGUCGCUGUGACUGACAGCCGUGGUGCUGACAUCCCCUCUGCUCCACGAUUGGCUGCAGCGAUUGUCAAUCACCUGAGGAAGGGCCACUGCAUUAGCAAAAGGAACCUUACCUCUCCUGCUUACUUCAUAGACUUUAUAUUCCAGUCUCUGAACCGCACCAGUUGUCUGCAUGUCAUGGAUCUAGAGUUGCUGUUGCAUCGGCUUGGACUUGGUGGAGCUCAACAGUUACAUAGCAAGGAAAGAUGGAGUCUGCAAAAAUCCCUUUCAAAGGAACAUUUUGCAUCUAGUCAGGAUCAAACCACAGCUGACAAGGAAUGGUCACAGGUUUGCUUCUCAGCUAAUCAGCUGCUGGAUAUUUUUGCUCUAGAUCCUCAUUCUUCAAUCUCUAGAGAUCAUUUCAGGCACAUUUGUCCAGCCAUCCUUCAGCAGUUAAUAGGAAAUGCCUGUAAACUGUCAGAACCAACAGUGAGGAGUUCUCCACCCACUGACAUUGAGAAAUACGGUUAUAGCACGGUUGCGGUGUUACUGAUCACUAUCGGCUCAAUGUUGGGCAUCUGUCUGAUCUUUUUUAACUCGUGUAAGGAAACGUACGCCCUCGUUCUGCAGCUGUUUGUGGGUCUGGCUGUGGGAACGCUGUCAGGAGACGCUCUGCUCCACCUCAUACCUGAGAUCCUUGGUCUUCAUAAUGACAGCGUUCACAAUGAUCAUGAUAACAUGGAAGAGAAGGACUACUUGUGGAAAAUUUUGGGCAUCAUUUCUGGAAUCUAUGGCUUUUUUCUCAUUGAAAAAGCUUUCUUUCUAUUUAUUUCAUCAAAUGGUCAUAGUCAUUCUCAUGGCUUAAACAUGGAACUGAACUGCAAUGGACAGCGUGGAAAAUCCAUUUCUACCAUGCAAUUGGAAACUUUAGAGGAAACAGAAUGUACUGAACUGCGACCUGAAAUAAAACCUGUGGAGGCAAACAGCAACCCAGCCGAUAAACAAAAGCGUGGCGUUCCUCUGCUGGCAGUGAUGGUGAUCGUGGGAGACAGUCUUCAUAACUUUGCAGAUGGUUUAGUAAUAGGUGCUGCUUUCUCAAACACCGUAGAGACAGGAAUGGCAACUACUGUAGCGAUCCUGUGUCAUGAGAUCCCACAUGAGAUGGGUGAUUUUGCAGUGUUGUUGAGUUCUGGUCUCUCAGUAAAGUGUGCAGUGUUGAUGAACUUCCUCAGUGCUCUCACUGCGUUCAUGGGGCUUUACAUCGGCCUGUUUGUGUCCACUGACACAGAGGUGCAGCAGUGGAUAUUCACAGUUACUGCAGGAAUAUUCCUCUAUCUCUCACUCGUAGAAAUGAUGCCUGAGAUGAGCAGAGUUCACUCUUCACGGCCAUAUUUGCUGUUUUUUCUACAGAAUAUUGGACUGCUGUUGGGCUGGGCCUGCCUGCUCUUACUUGCACUGUUUGAGCAUGAACUCACAUUUUAACGCACACCAAAACAAAGUCACAAUUAUGAGCCACUUUUAAAGGCAGAGUCAGUUUUGAUGGGAAAAAAUAUGGUAAAAUAUUUUAAAACCAUUUUGGUGCUUUGACUUAAAUUUAUGCAACAAAAAAAAAAAAAGUCACAGGAAAAAAUUGAUAACAUUGAAAAAUUGAUGACAGUGUUGUAACAUGUAGAUGUAUGUGAAAUAUUACUUUUUUAAACACCAGAUUUGGAUCAGUAUUAUUCCGUGAUAGGUGUCUUAUGAUCGAAGGAAAACCCCAACUUUAAGUGCCAGUUUUGAGUGUUUUGUGCAAAUUGGUGCAAAAUGAAAUAAUAAAAACUUUAAGCCCCAGAAA